AUGAAGAUUAUUUUCAUUUUCUUUGCAUUUUUGUUCUUUCUGGAUCCAGUGCUACUAGCUUUCAACCCUAUACUUUUUUCCAAAUGUGAAAAAAAUGGAAUUUGUAGGAAUGAAUGUCACACGAGUGAAAUGCUGGUGGCUUACUGCAAGAAUUCUCUGGAGUGCUGUGUGCUGGGAAACCCUCAGCCCUGA